AGUCAGAAUUGCUGAUAUGUUUUCAUGAGGUUCUUCCACUCGCUCUCUUUCUCUCUGACUGUGUUUUUCUUGAAGCCUUCAGGUCUGUGACUGUGUGGGUGAUCAUCUGAAUCUGUGUUUUUUCUCGGGUCUAUGUUGGGUGACUAGUUUAGACAGGUCUGAACCGCCCCGUCUGAGAGCUGCGCACGCUUGAUUAAACGCCACCAGCGGGAGUUUGAGCGACGCGCCGCCGCCACCGCGCGCGCAUCCGACGGCCAAUCACUCCGACGAGCUGCGUUUUAUCAGAGAGACUGCCGACAGCAGGAAUAAUCAGCAUUCAGCUCGUGUUUGCCUUAAUGUUUCAGGGAAUUUGAUGAUGUUUCGUCAGCAGUGCUGAAUUGAGUCUUAACCACGACCGCGUCCCAUUUCGCGCGCUUUCUGUCUGUUUCUCUCAGAGUUUAAUUGCCUUUGAGCGCGCGUACCUGCAAUUAUGCUGUCAGACGCUCGCGGCCCCCACGGACUGUCUCUCUCUCUCUCUCUCUUUCGACGAUUGUCACCUCACUGAAAUCACACUGAAUGCACUUAUUUUAAGCGUGGCUGUCCAAAACAUUUUGCCAUUAGUGCGAUUAUCUCAAGAAGCGUCCGUCUAGAUGCAGACAUCCAGCAUGAGAAACACCAUCGCUGCAUCCGAAAUCAAAUAGCUACUUCCUUACUAUCUGGUAGGUGAAAAGUCCCCGGAUGACCUUCUACUUCUGGUGAGAUUCUGACGUGUACAUUUGACGGACACUUUAAUAUCCUAUGAGGCCACAGGAGAGGAUUUGCAACGCAACUGACGCUGCGGUCAGAAGAGGAGAAACAGAAUGACGGUCCUCCGGAUUCUGUCCGUGUCUGCGCUGAUGUGUCAGAUGUCCAUCACUGCAUCCCUGCACUGGAGGAAAGCUUUGUACCCAUCAGCCUUCAGAGUGAAGCGAGGGACGCCAGCCCUGCUCAACCCCUCCUUUCAGAAAUCUGUGGAAGACGCCAACCUUCUCUAUGAGGUGUUGUUGUCGGGCGCAUACAUGGACGCGGCACGCGGGACGCUCCACAUAUCCGAUCAGGAGCUUGCAUCCAUGCGGAAGCUGGAGGUUCUGGAGGUCCUGUGUGAGGACGUGCUUCCCAGAAGCCUCUCUGAGAUCCAGCGGCUCGGUGCCCAGCUGGCGCUCCGCCGUGGCUCUCUGCGGAUGGAGGACUUUGAGCGCACCGUCCUCACUAUGGUGUUUACGGCACAACAACUCCAACAUACCAACCCCGGCCACCAGAGGGAGCUGUGGGCAAACUCACUCGUACCACUAUAUAAAGCCAUUAAAGAAGACCUGCGGCCGGUGUCAUGACAAAUCAGGUCCUCCCAGGUCUCCCUAUACUGUCAGUUAAUGAUUAUCCUAAGUAUAUACAAAUGAUAUUCAUUUAAAAUACCCAUAGCUUAAUGCGUAAGAAAAAAAAUGAGUGCAUAAUAAAACCAACUGAAUGUAAUUUCCUACACUUUAUUACCUGUUAAUUAAUAAAUAAUGAUUAUAACAAUAA